AGUUAUCUGCCCUUGUUUACGGAUUGCAUUUCAUUUCCUGGUUCAUCAAAAUAUAAAAUGUAUUGAUUUAAAGGCUUUGAACAAGAUGUCAUCUCAUGCAGUACUUUCGUCUCAUUUGACAACAUUAAUGAAAGAUGUCUCUGAGGCAUUGAAGUUUGACAGACAAGACAAAAAUGAGGAUGCUUACAAAAAAUACCUGGAAUGUGUACUAAGAGUUUCAACAGGGCUUUUAAAAACACUUUAUGCAGAUGAGGGCCAUGUGUUUGUUACUAAAGAUGUUGUCAAAAUGGUGAAACUAGGCCAACAAUGUAUGGAUCGGGUUGCCAGUAUUGUAAAUGGACGUUUAGAAAAAUCAAGAGAGUCCAAAGUGCAAGCCCCUACAAGUUUGCCUAUAAGCACAGGUCCAGGAUCCUAUCGAAGUUUGUCUCAAACCACACCCACAACACCAGGAUCAAGGGAAACAACUCCACUUUCACCAAAUAAACCAAUUAGCAUGAUAGACAAAUCUUCUCCCGUACAAAAAGUUAUAACUUCUGAUAGUUUCUCCAGUAGUACCAAGAAACUUGGACCAAUGGAGAUGGCAAUAAGAAAUAACCAAUAUCUACUGAUUGAUCUGAGGAAGAGACAAGCCAAGGCUAAAAACAAGUCGGCUAGCACCAAUCUUAGUUUGACUCUACAAAGAAGAAUGGCAGAGAACUUAGCUAUAGCCAGGGCCCAAGAAGAAGCUUUAGCAAAGAAAAUGAGAGAGAGACAGCAAAGAUUAGAAGAACAGGCACAAAGGAGAUUCCAUACCCCUGUGGGUCUGUCUGAGGAGGAACAACAACAAAGACAGGUGUACAAGAAAGCAUUAGAAUUUGAACAAGAAAAUUUAUGGAUGAUGGAGUUACGAAGGAAGUUUGAAGAAUCACCUUCAGAUCUGUAUGUCAUAAGUGAGCUUGUCACAGCUAUUCUGAGUUGUGAUGCUCAUCCACUUACUAUUGAAUUACAACAGCACCAAAGAAACUUGCUAGACAAACUUGUACCUAUUGUGGAGAAAAAUUUAAACAAAUUAGAAAAUCUCAAAGUGCCGUUACCAAAAGAUGUAUAUGAACAGUCCAAUAUAAAAGAUCUUUUAUCAUCAUUAAGAAAAGUAAAAUCAGCUACUAAGCUUAGCCAAUCAGAAUCUGUGUUAGAAAGUGUAGAUGAGGCUGACUCAACAUAUGGAUCCUGUAUAUCACAUGACAUUUGUGACCAAUCAAAAGAGAGUGGUAGAACUAUAGAUAGUUCAAAUAAUUCACUGGAAGAUAAGGUUGAGAAAGAAAGAGGUGAAAUCAAAAGUUCAGUAUUCAAGAAAGCUGCAGACAACAAUGAUAUUGAAGGUAAGGGCAGUGUCAUAAAACAAACAAGAGAUUUCGGUGACAGAGAUUUAGCAGAUGUUUCUUUAGAAAUCAAAAACGAUUUAGAGAAAGCCAUUACUGAUGGCACAAAAUUAAAAAUUAGACUCGAAGAAGAAAAUCAGAGAUUAAAAAUGUUUUCAAGACAAGCAACAGAAGAGUAUGAAAAAUAUAACCAAGAAAACAUGGAUGAUCUUUUUGAUGAUGAUGAUGAUAGUGAUACAGAAGUAGACAUCAGUAAUGUUGGUGGUGAAAGUGUUGCCAAUGAAAAAGAAGCAGAUGGAAAUAAAACCUCUAGUAAUGACAGAAAAUCUAUUGAAACUAGUUCAAAAUUAACUGAAAAUCUUGAUGUAGAAGAGGCAGAAAAAAGUAAAGAAAUAAGAUCUCCGAGAGGCUUAAGAAAAAAUCCAAGUUUUGAAAAUCUUGAUGAUAAAAUUGCUCUUCUUAAGAAUGAAGCUUGUCAUAGACAUUUGAAAGGUAUUACUGAAGAUGUUUUAACUAGUGUGGAACAACUACAAGUGUUGUUUGUGAUUGUGUUUGAACAGUUAGAUAGUGCAGAUGGGCGGGAUCAGUGCAAUGUGUUACUAGAAAGAUACUUCUUUAAACCUGUCUGGAAUUACCUACUCGCUCUAUUCAGGUAAAG